AUGCAGUACGUGAGCGGACUCCCUCCGGGGAUGCAAGAGGGAUACUUUGGCGAGACGGCCGAGGGUAUCCGCCACGGACAGGGCACCUAUAUCUACCCGGGUGGCUUCUUUGCCUACUCGGGCCAGUGGCGCGACGGGGUCAAGCACGGGCAAGGCACCUUCUACAUGGGCGAUGGCUCGUCGUACGAGGGUGCCUUUGUCGACGGUGAGAUACAGGGUCACGGUCUCCGCCGCUAUGCUGAUGGUGGCACAUACUCGGGAGUGUUCCGCAUGGGCGAGCGCCACGGCCAGGGUGUCGAGCUCGCUGCCAACGGCGACCGCUACGAAGGAAUGUGGGCCAACAACCAGCGCCACGGCAAGGGCAUCCUCGUUCUCGCGGAUGGCACACGCUACGAGGGCACCUUUGUCCGUCAUGCCCGCCACGGCUCAGGCUCACUUCGCGCAGCAAACGGCGACGCCUACACCGGCGGCUGGUACAAGAACCGCCGCCACGGCGAGGGCGACGCCCGCUACGCAAAUGGCGACUCGUACUCGGGCGAGUGGCACAAAGGCAAGCGCCACGGCUCGGGCAGGCUCUAUCACGCUGCCUCAGGCUUGGUCUACCUUGGCGAGUGGGUCAACGAUGCCAUCGACACCCCGACCGUCCUCCGCCUCGUCCCGCCUCCUCCCGAUCAGCUGCCUCACGACUCGCUCCUCGCACCCGCGCGCUCAUCGGCCGAGCUUGUGCAUGCUGACAGCGGCGUGAAAGCAGGCACAGCCGCCGCUGUUGGACCAGACAAGCCGCUGCUGAGGGCCGAUCCGCGGAGUAGGCAGCCCGCCGGGCCACGGGCGGCCUCGCGCGCCGGCACCCGCGCCAGUGGCGCGCGGCCCAACCCUGCUCGACGGGCUGCAGCCCGCAGCACCCGCACCCGCGCGCCUUCUAACCCGUCGCUGCCGUCUGUAUUUGGCGCUGAUGCCGACGCCAACAAGGGUGGCGACCUCGGCGGGGCACACGGCGAGCCGUCGCUGGCGCAGGCCGUCUUUGCCGACAUGCCUGGCACUGCCGGCGGUGGCGCUGGCGUUGCUGCCCUUGUCAACAUUUCUGAGAACGAACGGUUGGCCGCUGUCGCCGAGGGCAAGCUUCUCCAGCUCGAGGUCGGCGAUGUCCUGCCGCGACUGGAAGUGCUUGCCUGCCUCGUGCGUGAGCGCCCGGCGUCGGUGGCGACCGACGGGUCCGGCGGGACGGGCGAGAGCACAGGCGCUGAUCUCGGUGCCUCGGGCUCGGCAGCAGCGGCGGUGGCGUCUCCGGGUCCUGGCUCCCGGCCACGUCCGGGCUCGGCCGCUGCUGGCCGGAACCGGAGUAGCCGGCCGGGAACCCGGCGGCCAAACCCGCGGCGCACCGGACCUGCUACCGGCGGCAGCGCCAAGGCGAGUGCAGCAGCCGCUGAGGCUGCCGCCAAGGCCGAGAUUGAGGUCGCUCAGCCACCUCCACCGGCCAUCGAGUACCUGCCUGUCCGUGUCGAGUCUGGCCGCUUCCUUCGUCUCGAGAUUGUGCGGCGGACGCUCCUUUCCGAGCAGCCGAUACCGCCGCCGCUGGCCUCCCAGGUCGAGCGAGCCGAGGCGGCCGCUGCCGCUGCCGCUGCCGCCGUCACACCGUCCUCGAGCCGCCGCAGACACUCGAAGCGCGAACGGGGCGGCGACAAGGCCGACAAGACCGACCGGUCCGCGCCCGACAAGACCGAGCGUAGUGCUGACAAGAGCGAUGCCGGUGCCGAUGUCGACGGCGACCACCCGCGGCUCCCUGGAGGCGUCGCCGACCAGAUUGUUCAGCGUCCAAUCCCGCUACUGAGAGCAAGCCUCUCCCGGUCCGAGUAUCUCGCUGCCGAGCGCGCCAAGCAGGACGAUGCCUCCGCGGCCUUGGCCGCAGCCGAGGGCUCGGCCACGGCCGCAACUGUGGCGCCGUGCAGCAGCGCUUCUGCAGCAGGCGAUGAGAGUACUGCAGUGGCCGAGAACGAUGCUGUCAAGGCGGCCGCAGCAUCCGAUGCGCACAACGGCCUGCCGCGCUCGGCUAUUGCCGGCCUCCCGAUGGUCUCGGUGCCGGGCAAGACCGAGGAGGGCUCCGCAGUCUUUGACAGCAUCCAGCUGCCGGCUGAUCUGGCGCCUGGCGCCAACUAUCGCCUGAUGGUUUACGACGAGACCAAGGGAACCGAGCGCCUGGCCGAGAUCGAUAUCGAGGUCCACAUCUACCCUCGCGGGCGGCUGCGGCAUGCGCCGGGCGCCGCAAAGCCGGCGCCCAGCCGCGACCAGAAGCGGUCGCGGCGGCGGCGGCGGUGA